GCCGCGACGGGCGAGGGUCGGGUCACGUGGUGUGGCCGCGGGGGGCGCCGGGAUAUGUAGUCCACAGGCGUCAACAUGCGCGUGGUGGGCGUGAGGAUGUUGACCCGCAGCCGCAGCCGCAGCCGGGGCCCCGGAGACCCCAGAACCCCGCGGGGAGGCGAAGAGGAGGCCGCGCCGCUUCGGACGAGCGAGGCUGCUGCAGAAGGGAGGAAGAGCCGCUGCCCCGUGAAGGCACAGAGACUGACUGUGGCCUAUGAGGAGGACACAGAAGGCGGGACAGGAGAGAGCACCAGGUCCCCUGAGGUGCCAGGCUGGCAACCCCAAGACUGGCAGCAGCAGCUGGCCAACAUCCGAACCAUGAGGAGCGGGAAGGAUGCACCCGUGGAUCAGCUGGGGGCUGAGCACUGCUAUGACUUGGAUGCACCCCCAAAGGUACAGAGGCUCCAGGUGUUGCUGUCGCUGAUGCUCUCCAGCCAGACCAAGGACCAGGUGACGGCAGGCGCCAUGCAGCGACUACGUGCCCGGGGCCUGACAGUAGACAGCAUCUUGCAGACAGAUGACCACACACUGGGCACCCUCAUCUACCCCGUGGGCUUCUGGAGGACUAAGGUCAAGUACAUCAAGCAGACCUGUGCCAUCCUGCAGCAGCGCUACGGCGGGGACAUCCCGGGCUCUGUGGCUGAGCUUGUGGCCCUGCCGGGGGUCGGGCCCAAGAUGGCACACUUGGCCAUGGCAUUGGCCUGGGGCACCGUGUCAGGCAUCGCGGUGGACACACAUGUGCACAGAAUCGCCAACCGGCUCAGAUGGACCAAGAAGGUCACUAAGUCCCCAGAGGAGACCCGUAUUGCCCUGGAAGAGUGGCUGCCCAGGGCCCUGUGGGGUGAGAUCAAUGGACUGCUGGUGGGCUUUGGUCAGCAGACUUGUCUGCCCGUCCGCCCUCGCUGCCAGGGCUGCCUCAACCGGACCCUGUGCCCGGCUGCAGUGGGACCCUGAGUGCCUGUGCCACUGUCUGGAAUGUGCCUUUGUUGGGGGGCUGCAGCCUGUUUGUAAUAAAGCUUGGGGGUGUUUGCA